GCACAAAUUCCCCGGAAAUAUCAUAUCGUCGAUUAGUUUUUUUUCUUUUGUAACUUAUAUCGUGGAUUAGUUUAAAUCGAUCAAACAAUAUGAUUAGAUAACUACAGUUAUUUUUAACCAUAUUUAACUAACAAAUCAAACUACUUACAUUACAUUUAUAUGUUGCCAAAUCUAUUUGCUUAGAAGAGUAUAAUAAUUUAGGUUUAGUUGUAUAAGUAGUUUUGAUUUUAGAGAAAAGGUCUCUGAAAAAACCGUAGGCUUGUUUGAAUUCAAAUUUUAUUUUAUUUCCUUUUUCCACAGAUAAUCACAAUCGAAUUAUACAAAUUUCUGAAAACCCCUCCUGAAAAUAAUUUCCUAAAAAUCAGUGAUUUGGUUAAUAUCAUGAUUUUCCUCUCCACCGUAGAAUAUGAUGAGUUAAUUAUUUUUCUGGUUAUAUAGAAAUACAUCGAAUCCUAAACUUCAUCCUUAUCUCUUCUUGUGUUUUUCUUUUGCAUGUUGUCCUUGUCUACAAGUUACAUUAUCAAGUGUCUGUAACGAGACAAAAACAAUGAUGCGUUACUUUAUUCCCAUACCUAAAACUAAAAAGGUAAAUUUUAAAAAUUCUCUCUUUAUCCUUCGUUAUUAUUAGUCGAUUCGUAUAGUGGUUACCUUGUCAUCGAAUGUUUCAUUUGUUAGUAGUAUUAGAUUUUGAUUGAUGUCCGAGAAAAUUAACAGCAGAGCCUUCUUUGGUUUUAAACAGAUUGUUUUGGGGAAUGUGUUCAAGUUUACGGAAAAGGAAACGAAAACUGAGCUUAACAUAAGCUUGAGCCGUAAACAAGUGGAAGAUUCCAUUAGUAGAAGCUCCCAUGGAGUUGAGGCUAUUGUUAGAGAGGAUCUUGUUAGAAUUAAAGCGCACCUUCUUUUUCUCCGAUAUAUGAUAGACCACAUGAUACGAUGGAGCAGUGGUUUGAACUUAGAUUUCAAGUCUUCAAAUGGUCUAAGCCUUGCGAGUAUAUUUCAGCUUAAAUCUACACCAUUCUUCCGAUCUAUGUUGUUUGAGCUUCAUAUGAUACUAUUUAUUUACGCUCUAAAGCUCAGGGAGAAAGCAAUGGUGUUAGCCUCCAAAGAUAUGGUGGAAUCCACAAAGGCAUAUAGAGAAGCAGCUGGUGUUUUUGACUAUGCAUGUAAGAUUGGUCAUACUGAUUGGUCAUAUAUCGAGAAGUUUCCGGAGUUAACAUCUCCCGUUUGCUCCUCUUUGAAGCUCAUUUGUUUAGCUGAAGGACAGGUCAGUUUUCUCAUUUUGCUUACAGUAGAUUGUGACUAAAGGCUAUAACCAACAUUGUCAGUUUUGGCUAUAACCAAAUAUUUUUGUGAUUGCUACAUGAACACACUAGCACUUUUUCACACACGGAUGUUGAUAAGUACCUUUAGGUUUUUUAGGGCUUUGUCCCUUACAUAAUAGGCUGUAACGGCAAAUAAGGCCAAAGAGAAGGGGACAAGUGCAAGUCUAGUGGCAAAGCUCCAUUACGGUGUCACACAAUUUGUUGCUGAAGCCAAUGCUUCUCUAUUAUCCAAAACUAACACCCAAGUUAAACAACUCUCAUCACGAUUUUUGGAUUAUGUGUCGACAUUGGGAGCUUUGCACGAGCUAAAGAGUGGAAAACACUUAGCUGAAAGCUUGGAAUCGGAAGGGGAAUUAGGAGAAGAAGCCAUUGAAGAAGAAGAAGUUUUGAAAAAAAAAAUCAAUUUUUUUAUUUAUUUAUUUAAAUAAUGAUUUAUUAUAUAUAUAGAGAACAAGGGUGUAAAAGUUUUUUGUCAUUUAAAGAAGAAGAUAUUUUUGAAAA